CAAGAUUAUCACACAUGGGGUAUACCAGCCAGAGACAAUCAGCCUUACUCCUCCUCUGAUGGACUUGGACCCUAUCGAAGAAAGAAUUUAUUUGGUAUGCAACCGUUUUACAUGGCUUUCGAACGUGACUAUAAAGCGCAUGGUGUCCUCAUAUUCAAUUCAAAUCCGCAGGACAUAACAGUUGGCCCAGCACCUCAUCUUAUCUAUCGCACUAUUGGUGGCAUGUUGGACAUUUACUUUUUCCCAGGCCCUACUCCCGAAGAUGUUAUUCGUCAAUAUACAGCUCUCGUUGGACGGCCUGCGUUGCCCGCAUAUUGGGAACUUGGAUUUCAGAUGAGUAAUAGUGGCUGGCAAAAUUUGACCGCAAUGCAGAAUAUUGUUAAUGACUUCAAUCGACUGAACAUUCCGCUAGAUGUGGUCUAUGCGGACAUUGAAACGAUGGAUAGUUAUGAAGAUUUCACAAUUGGAUACGUAAAUUUUGCGAUUGUUCUUUAUGCUUUCCUAAUAUCAAUCUGUUAUCAUUCCAUUAUCAUACUAUGA